AUGUUCUACCCUUUAAUUGUGGUGCAAAUACACACACGCAACCAACCAACCAAUCAGAUCUCACAACUCGACGAAGUGCGCGCCAAUAGGAUGAGAGCCUUAAACGGCAUCGCCCAAUCAGAUGCACGCAAUACAUCCGUCAAGGACAACGUCACGCACUCCCAUGCCCAGUCCGCGGGGCAGUGCCAGUCCGACCCAAUGGCGUUGCCAGACCGUCAGCGUUCAGAGGAUACCCACACCCACCCCUGCGAUGCAUACUCCGCCGACAGACCAGCCCACCAGCACGUCAACGCCCACGUGCGUGCACUCGGCGAUGGUGCAGGAGGAAGGCUCAGCCCACACACAAGUGGGGAGGGCCCUGAGCGACUACCGUUGGGUGAUGCGUGUGUGUCCACUGGGGUGACGCAGGCGCAAGGGAGUGUGCAGGCAGCCCAAGGCAUGCGCACGGGGUCGGAGAAGGGGAGAAAUGCGACUGAUACCACGGCCGUGCGGGACAGUGGCACUGGCGGUGUAGAAAUAGGCACCCGCGGGAGUGGGUCUGGUGACGCGGGGCCCAAUGGGGCUGCGGUUAUGAACGCGAGCAUCAAUCAGAAUGCGGGUUACAAUGAACCGACCAAUGGGAGAGGAGGUGUGGUUGUGGAUGAUCCAUCAGCUCAGACUCCGCGCGCGCUUGCUGAGACGAUGUCACAGGCACUCGACUGGGGCACCCAGGGAUUUGAUACCACACCGGUGCGAUGGACAUCCGGUGUAUAUGCGAACACCUAUGAGAACGGAGAUGUAGGUACGAGAGCCAAUCAUAACGGAGAUAUAUGCACUAGUACAGAUGGGGCUGGAGAAUCGACCGCGACCGGCGAUGAGUACAUGUAUAGAAGCACCAUUGCGAGGGCCAAUGGGAAUGGCGCGACGACUGUCAGAGAUAUCCAGACAGCGCAUGUCGGGUGCAUCGCCGUGGAGAAGCAUGUGCGUUUCCAUGACAACGCUUCUCCACCGGCUCCUGCACACCCUACAGCACACACAGAAACGUCAGUCACGCAUGCCGCUGAAGGGGUGUACCGCUCUGCCUCACACACACUCCCUGCCCACGCCACAAUCGAUGUCGGUUCUAAGAAUAGAUCGGCAGUUGCCAGUUCUAAAAAUAGAUCGGCCAGUACUUCCCCACCUACUACCCCCUCAGGCAGGGCGCCAACCCCCAAGACGUCGUCCAAACGGACAGGCACACCCAAGUUUAGGGCCAACUCGGGUACCACUCUGGAUACGAACGUGGACCUGGGCCCUGUCCAAAAAUCAGAUACAGGUGCAGAUACGAGUGUGCAUGGAGACACGGAUACACACGCACUGCUGCGGAGUGCGAGUACUACGGUGCCGUACAGCUCUGCGAUGUCCCAGGCCCUGCAGUGGGAUCUUGGAUGGGAUGAUGUGGAAGGCGCGGAUGAAGCAGGUGACGGAAUAAUAGAUUUCGGUAACGAAAUAAGCGAGGGAACGGUUGCUGAUAAGGACUUUGUUGGAAGCGGUGAUGAAGCAGGUGACAGAAUAAUAGAUUUCGGUGACGAAAUAAGCGAGGGCACGGUUUCUGAUAAGGACUUUGUUGGAAGCGGGGAUGAAGCAGGUGACGGAAUAAUAUAUUGUACUGAUGGAUUAGACGAUGGAGCAUUGGGCGACUUCGGGAGAGGUGUGCAUGAGAUGCCAUGUGGUGAGGAAAUAGGCGAGGGCGUGGGUAGGGAUGUGAAAGUAGGUGACGAAAUAAGCGAGGCUGCAGAAUGUGAGCCACGGACUAAUCCGGUACUACCCGAACAACAGUAUGUGAGUGAAUCUGUAGUUAACACUUUGAGUCCGAAAAUUGGGAUAGAGGUGCAGGGACAAGUACCCAGUCUUGCUCUCGGUAGAAAGGGACAGGGGGAUCCAGAGAGGACAGUCCUGGUUGGUAGUGCUACGACACAUUCGCACGCGCACAAGCGACCAAAACCACAUACACAACCAGAAGUACAACCACAGCCACAGCCACAAUCUCAAUCGCACUCAGACAGUCAAAUACAGUCGCACCCGCACCCAAUGACACAGACCCAAUCCCCACCACUGCCACAGCCACAGCCACAGCCACAGCCACAGCCACUGACACACCACCACCCGCGCACAGUAAUGCACACCCAACCGCACACACAGUCUCAGCCACCCACCCUAUCACAGUCAGCACAUGUACAGCCACACUCACCAUCACAUGCACAAUCACAAGCACAUCCACAGUCACAGUCACAGGCACAGCAUAUGCCCCACCGUACGCAAGCGGGGAGAGCGCUGAAGCUCACUUGGGACACAGCCGCAAACACGGCUACAGACGCGCCUGGUAGGCAACCCACCGCACAACUGAGUAUAGAAACGACGGGACGCCACAGGCACGACACACACCCAGAUGCGGAUACGACAACCCGUGCGACUAACCGAGAUGCACACACGGCACCCCACCGCACAAACACGACGGGACGGUUGGUGCAGGGACCACAACGAGACACGGAGACGUCAGAUAAGACGACCCACGGGCCACAGCAAGGCAGCAGCAGUACAACCUCUGGAGAGAGAGAGUGCACACCACCAGGCCUAUGGGGGAUGGAACACGACCCACCCGUGGCACAGGAACGCACGCACAGGCACACGGCCGCACCAGACAGACGCGUAGAGAAGCAGGGCAAGACAGAGAUCACCACACAGACACUACAGGCAGUAGGCGACGGUAUGGACACGACAGGCAAGCUAGAUAUUAAGAGCGAGAUCAUGAAGGCGUCCCUAGAGGGAGGGCGGUCUAUAUAUGGGAAAAGGGAGCCUGUAGGUGAAAAUAUCACACGUGCAGGUAAGAAUAAGGGGGCAGGUAAAGAUAACGAAGACGUAGGUAGGAAUAAAGGGACAGGUGAAGAAUAUGUAGGUAGGAAUAAGGGGCCAGGUGAAGAUGACGAAUACGUAGGUAGGAACAAGGGGCAAGGUGUAGAUAACGAAUACGUAGGUAGAAAUAAGGGUUCUGAGACAUCGGCUACUGUAACGAGGAACGGAACUAGUACAGAGGCUGUAUGCUCCGCUGGUGGAACUGGAGUAGAGCGAGAGCAGGUUGUUAUAGCCGACGCUGGAGUCGGUGACGUGUCUUGGAGCGAAAGAGGGUCUCUCCACGGGAAUCGGGGGUCAUUUAUAGGCAAUGAAGAGUCUGAGUACUGGUCCUUCCGCACACCCACGCCGAGUGUGUGGGGUAUGAAGGCAGAACAGAGUGGCAGGGCGGAUGAUGUGAGUGUGUUAGGUGGUGAACUUGGGCCAUAUAAUGUGAGCAUGUUGAGCUCCGGGUCUAAAAAUAGCACUGGUGGUCCUGAUAUGGUCAUCUCAAACCCAGACACCGCAGAAGAUAAAGGGACCAAACGGGCACAGGAACCAACCCUGCUCACCUGCACAGAUCACACUGGUACCCAUGGACACGAGCAGGAACAUACACAUACACACAGCCACACACACGCACCAGCAUACACACACCCCCUGGGAGAAGCACGCCUGAACACAUGCGAGAAGGAUACGCUGCUGCCUAGGCAAGGCACAAGGCUGUCCCAUGCAACGGCCCACACGCCUACGGUGAGGCCAAAUGCUGUGGGUGUGGGUGCAGGUGCCGACGACGCGACUAAACCACAAAUACACGCCAUUGCAACCAACGCCGGGCGCGUUUGUACUUCAGCCGAGGACGCCGUUGCCAGGCAACCACACGCCGCGGCAGUGAGAGCUCGAUCUGCUGCCUCAGGACCGCGUCAGGACCUUGACUCUGAGUUGGGGGGCUAUGCACCUUUCCCGUACACGCCUGGGGCUCAAGCCAAGGCCAUGGUACCGCGAACCGUACCACAAACACCUGUGGACAGGGCUGGGGUCAGCGCACCCCAAUCGCCCGCAGAUAGGGCCGAUCCCGCCCCGACGGCGAUGGGGUCUGCAACGGACAAGGCCCGACUGAGUAGCGCUGAAUCAGAACGCACAUGGGACCGGUCUGGUUGGUGGGACUUCCGUACGCCCUCCCCGUGGGUGGCCAAAGAAGAAAGUUUGGGGGUUGUCCAGGGGGCCAAAGCGUCUGUAUUCGGGUCGAGUACGGCCCUGAAGUUGAGUCUGGGGCUCGGGAUGGACGUGGAUUUGGAUGCGAAUUUGAGUGUGGGGGUUUCGGGUAUUGUGGGGAUGGCUCUGGCCACGUCUACGCCCGUUGACCCAGGCACCGACAUACCUACACCCACCCCCACCCACACCCACAUACACACACGUAUAGCCACAGAAACACCAAACCCCCCUGAUACAGAUACGAACCCUGAUGCGCGCACAAGCAGACCCGCCCGUACUCACACGCACACAGCCACUGUCACAGCAACACAGACCCCCGCUGGUGCACAUACAGCAAGACCCGCACAUGCCCACAUGGACUCCAGCACACCCGCGCCCAGACGGGUGAGGGCAGGCUCAGCUCUGCCAUCGCCAGACAACCAGGCCCACACGCACACCCACACCCACACCCACACUCACACUCAUCCCCAGUCCCCGAUACCGGCGCCAGGGGUAGGGAGAGUGCAAGAUACUGACAACGAAACGGCGCGUAGAUGGAUGGAUGAAUCGUCCCCACUGGACUUGUCGGAUAUAUCUCCGGUGAGGUGGGUGGAGGGGGGGGGUCUUGCGCACGGGGAGCGGGGUGUAUAUAGCGGGCUUGUAGGUGUGCCACUCGGCGGAGAUGAUGGGGAUGUGAGCCUCAGAGCCUAUGCAGGCAUGGGUGCCGGUGUGUGUACUGGAUCGACCAGUAGUCCGAAGGCGGGAUGCAGUCCGGGUAGUCCUAUUCAUAGCACCCGCAUGGGCUCGGGAGGGCUGGCGGGCCUUAACCAGGCGGACUCGCGUGCACGAUCCCUGCGAUCUCCUACCCCCACCAACAGUAGUCCGAGUAUGCAACCGCGUCAAGGCUCAGGCUUGGGUGGCCGUGUAGUCCCGCACACGGACAAUGGGGUGGUGGGACCACCCGACCGAGAUCACGCAGACUCGCCUCCACUUCCGCUGCAGAUUGCGAAAAACACCAACACAGCCGCACGUGGGACUAUCCCUGGGGACACCCCGGAGACGUGUACUGACCACAGCAGCCAGAGUGUGCACCGGAGGCUACCCAAACUCGGUGGACAGCGUUGGGGGUGCUCGACGGCCGGUGGCAGUGGUGAAGGCGCUGCAGCACAGAGAGAGACGCAUGCAGGGGCUGGUGCAAGGGCGGGUGGGGGGGUGGCUACGGCACAGGGGAACGAGAGUGUUGUGCUACCGCGUGUGGACGAUAGUCUGUCGCUGUCACUGUCGCUGACUGGGCCCUGUGAGCUGGAUGAUGUGGUGGCCUCUCAGAUGGACCUGCACCUCUCCUACCACGACCUGGACCGGAGCCAGGACAGUUCAGGCGGGGCUCGGGGAGGCAAUCAGAACACCGGGAAUAACAUCUCCGCCAAUGAGACGGCAGUGAAUACGGUGGAGACCAAUGAAAACGCACCUGGAAACACGUCGCCGGACGGCAUGUGCCCUGACUCUGAGGCUCAGCCCGUCGGUGGCUUAAGAGCUGCAGCCAACGAGAUCGGGAUACGAAUGUCAUACUCAACUCGAAAUGGUCCUGCAGGUUCCCCGGUGCGGGGUGCAAAUCGAGCCUCGACCAAUGAAACCGAUUCUAUAAAUAGACCCGUAGCCACCGGCGCCGAGGGCCGUUGUUCGGAUUCAGAUAGGCCGCUGGCGAGUAUCGGUAGCCGACACCGCUCAUCCGUAUCGCCAGAGAAACACAUUGGAGAUGCGGUUGUUGCACCGACCAGUAACUACGAUGGCUCACACGACAAUGACUCACCUCCACGGCCACUCAGGAGAGCUGCCACCCAUACGGCCCUCCGUAAUAGCAACUUCCCGGUGGUACUCGAUGAUUCCGAUGACUCCGCCGCAGACGCAGACACAGACGCAGACGAUUCGGUGAUUGUGCUAGGCCUGCGUGACAGGCUCAGAGCAAACCACGCCGAUCUCAAGAUGUCACCCAUAAAGUCCCCAGCGUCACCACCUCAAGGUAACUCACACCCACACCCACAGGUGCAGUCACAAUCACAAUCACAGCCACAGUCACAGCCACAGUCACAUCGGGACAACGCCCGCAAACAAACGCAUUCAGAAGGGCCGUCGCGUGGCUCUGGGUGUGCGCAACAACAGCCUACCACGAGCACCGGAACCGCACCACAUCACAGGCGCUCACCUGACCACACCGUAUCUGACACCGCAAGUGUAACCGCAACCGCAACCACAACCGCAAGUGUACCCGCAACCGCUGUAAAGGCCAAAGCCACCACUCCGCCGCCUGCGAGCGGCAGUGGCAGGGCAACUGCAGGCGUGACUAGUGCUGCUGCCACCACGCAAGUACCGAACCGAAAGCGCUCACGCACACCAGAGCCUGAAUCCGGCAGUGGAGAAGCUUCGGUCACGAGAAGGCCCUUUCAAAGGCCGCCCUCGCCUGUACAAGACCCUUCUGUGUCCGUGGCCAGCACAAGCACCCGCCAAAAGCAGCACUUACCACAUAGGGGAAUGGGCCCGAAGCCACCAGUCCGCGGUACAUUCCUUCUGCAGCGCAUCGCGGGCGGGCGAGCGCCAACCACAGGCGAUGAGUCAUCAGCACCGGCAGCGGCUUCGCCGUUGCACCGGCUGUUCAGUGCUUCCAGUGAUAUUGCUGGGGCCACCGCUCCACAGUCCCGCCCACGCAUCCCGCUUUUCAGCCCACGGCGAAUAGCGGGAUGGGCCUCCGGCCCCACCGCCGCCGCGACGGGGACACCCACGCGGUCUCGUGUACCGAUAUCCAGACCACAGCAGAUACCGGUACCAUCACAAACAGUAUCAGUCGGUGACGUGGAACCUGCGCAGAGUUUGGGAUUGGGCGCGGGUGUUCUGGUGGUAGACGACGAUAGUGAUGACGAGGUGGUGGAGGUGUUGUCCUCGCAGCGAGACAACGUGCGUACACACGCACCGCCACACACCUACACCCACACCCGUGUGCGUGCUACACUGGGAGUGGCACGAGGGAGCAGAGGCACACCGAGACUCACACUAACACCCGGACGUGUAGGCGAUGCGAGAGUGUCGACACAUACAACAACACACACACCCCCCCACAGACCUGCACACACGCCCAAUUUUGGCUCGGCAGGGGUGGCGAUAGACCCUCCGGCUCGGCCGGCUGCGCUUGUUGUGGAUGUGGAUGCGGACGCGUACGACGAUGGGGAAGAGGAUGAGGUGAUCUCUGUGGAUGGGGCUGAUGAUUCAAGCGAAAGCGACAGCGACAGUGCAGCGCGGGGCAUUUCAUUUGAAUUCGAGGACGACGACCUGACACAGACACAGACACAGACACAACGGAAGAAGGGGACGAAGCUGACUAAAAAGCGUAAGUCAGAGAAUGCUUAA